UAUUGUAGGAGGGGGAGGUUUACCGCAGUGACACUGUCCUCUGUCUCUCUCUCUGUCUCUCUCUGUCUCAUCACAUCGACCAUCAUCGAUCCAGCGGAUCAAUUUUCUAUCGGAUCACUUUUUAAUUCAAUGUUUAAGCUGCAGCUGCGGCGGGAAGCUCGUGCUGUUAAAGCGGAGAUAUCGCGCGCCGUCUGAGCGUCCAUACAGACCUUCAUCCUCAUCCUCACCCUCAUCCUCAUCCUCAUCUUCAUCUGCACCAUCAUGUCCGGAACCAAGGAGGAGGACCGCAAAGGCUCGAGCGAGUGGCGGGAAUUCUUCUGGAACCCGCGAACCCACGAGCUGCUGGGUCGAACCGCCACGAGCUGGGGUCUGAUCCUGCUCUUCUACCUGAUCUUCUACCUGUUUCUGGCCGGAAUGUUUGUUCUCACCAUGUACAUCAUGCUGCUCACGCUCGACGACUACAAGCCCACCUGGCAGGACCGCCUGGUCACUCCAGGGAUGAUGAUUCGUCCGAAGGGCGAUCAGCUGGAGAUCACGUUCUCUGUGUCCGAGACUGAGAGCUGGGACGGCUUCGUCCACAACCUCAACACCUUCCUGUCUCCGUACAACGACAGCUACCAGGCUCAGACCAAUGAUGACUGUCCUCCAGAUCGAUACUUCAUUCAAGAGGACAGUGGAGAGGUUAGGAACAAUCCAAAGCGUUCCUGUCAGUUUAAUCGGACGAUGUUGGACGACUGCUCUGGGGUUUCAGAUCGUUUCUAUGGUUACAGCAGAGGUCAGCCCUGCAUCCUCAUCAAACUGAAUCGGGUCAUCAACAUGCUGCCGGGAAAGGACGGACAGUCUCCUUAUGUCACCUGUGGAGCCAAGACGUACAGAGUGGGGAAGGAUGAGUGGAGGGAGGACAGUGAUAAGAUUGGACAGCUGGUGUAUUAUCCUCCUAAUGGGACAUUCAAUCUCAUGUACUACCCUUACUACGGCAAGAAAGCUCAGGUGAACUACACUCAGCCGCUGGUGGCCGUGAAGUUCCUGAACGCCUCUCUGAACACAGACAUCAGCGUCGAGUGUAAAAUCAACUCCAACACUCUCGCCCCCGGCAGCGAGAGGGACAAGUUCGCCGGACGAGUUUCCUUCAAGCUACGGAUCAAUGACAAAUAGACACGUGACAGCUGCAUCAAUCCAGAUGUGUCCUGUUAAAACCCGGUGAUGCAUUCACUGACUCACGUGAUCCCGUGUAAACACACAUUUCGUGUUUUGUAAUUUUCUGUGACGUGAUCCUCCAUAUGACAGUGCAGCUUUAACCACACCCUGAAACCGACCAAUCAGCACACACGCUCUGAUGUCACUGCCGCUGAGGAUUGACUGAACAACAGACGAAUAAUAAUCGUAUCAAUCUGCACGAGUCACAAACCAAACUCUUGAUCAACCUUCAGAUCAUUUAUUCAUCUUUAUUUAUUUAUUUAUCACUUGUCUGUUUAUGAAAACUUUUUCACAGUUUUAAAAUGAUUUUGUAAACAUCAGGUAUGAUUGACUCUGAUUGGCUGUUCAGGAACAGGGGGUAAACCAGAUCACAGUCCAGUUCAGGGUCUGUCCUACGAAGCGGGUUCAACAUAUCCUGGAUCUCUUUCAGUUAUCCAGCUGAACUUAUCCUAACGAUCCAGUCAGGCUGUGGUCACAUGACGCUGGUUAUCAGGUUUAUCUACCUUAUACUAAAACUGUUCUAUCAUGAACAAGAUCUGAAUCUCAUCUGUUUCCAUCACAUGUCAUUUACAUGAAUUCUCAUUGUGUGUCUGACAGUUUCAGUCUUUCAGGUGAAACCCUGGAGGCUUCAAGCUGAACUGCAGGAAAUAAAACACAGACUGUAAAGAAGGAAGUCGACUGAUCUUCAUAUCUUUACAAUACAACAGGUACAACACUGAUUUUAUUUCUACUGUAUAUCGAUAUCAGUACACACAUGAACAUAAGGAUUAUAAACAAGUCAGAUACUAAAUGAACAGAAGUAGAAAACCAGUAGAAACUAAAGAAAAGACUUUGUUAUUUAGGUGUAAAAUGUAAAAUGUAGAUGAGCUUCUCUGCAUCAGCCACAGUGAACAGGUAACAAGUGGAGCAGAUGCAGUCUGUGGUACUGGGAGCACUUUACGGGUCAGGCUGGUUCUGUUCUGCUCCAGCAGCUGACAGAGGUUCAUCCUCUGAGGAGAAUCUAGAUCUUUCAGAAACUCAUCAGAGGAGCUCGAAGGAUCUUGUGGGUCUCUGAAGACCAAGGUUAGCUGUUCACCAUAAGUUACAGUGGUGAUUUACCCUGAUAAGAAAGGAACCAGCUCUGUAGGACUAAAAACUCCUGAUUCAACCUGAAGUACCCUGAUAACCACAAAUCCUGCUUCGUAGUACCGGCUCCUGGAACUGGUCUGUCUGGGUUUGUUGCCAUGGCAGCAGCGUCGGUGUUAUUGGUGUGACCUUUUGUUUUUCUUUGUUGCCACAAGGGAUUGGCUCGUUAACUAAUUAGAUAAAUAAUUAGUCAUUAACAUAAGGAGGUAGUGGAUUAGUUAGCUGGUUAGUUAUCUUUUUUCUUUUGAUUUGUUUAGGUGUUUGUUUUAUUUUUCUAUUGUUGUCAUGGCGCUGAGCAUGACGACAGGUUGCCAUGUGACACACUCGUCUCCUCGCCUGUCACUGUUAAAAACCCCUCCCACACCUGUCUUUCCACCAAUCGUCUUCCUUUGAAAGUGAACAGCCAAUCAGAUGGUCCUGCUGUAUGAUGUUAUAUGUCGUAACUUGUUUGUGAUUGGAUGAUUUCUCCUGCCUGGAACUGUCCUUGUGUUCAGUCAAAUUAAAAAACUAAGAAAUUAAAAAGAAAAAA